GCCGAGCCCAGACACCGGCGCCUGCCGCGGCCGCGCGUGAUCCCCGCGCGCCGAGCGAUGCUGCUGCUCGUGGGCACCUGCCUCGUGGCCUUCGUGCUGCUGCUCUACAUGCUGUCCCCGCUCAUCAGCCCCAAGCCCCUCGCCCUGCCCGGCGCGCAUGUGGUGGUCACGGGCGGCUCCAGUGGCAUCGGAAAGUGUAUCGCUAUCGAGUGCUUCAAACAAGGCGCGUUCAUAACUCUGGUUGCGAGAAAUGAGGACAGGCUGCUGCAGGCGAAGAAGGAAAUUGAAAAGCACUCUAUCAAUGACAAACAGGUGGUGCUUUGCAUAUCAGUUGACGUAUCCCAAGACUACAGCCAAGUCGAGAAUGUCAUAAAACAAGCACAGGAGAAACUGGGCCCAGUGGACAUGCUGGUAAACUGUGCGGGAAUGUCCGUUUCGGGGAAAUUCGAAGAUCUUGAAGUUACUUCUUUUGAAAAACUAAUGAGCAUUAACUACCUGGGCAGCGUGUACCCCAGCCGAGCCGUGAUCGCCACCAUGAAGGAGCGCCGGGUGGGCAGGAUCGUCUUCUUGUCCUCCCAGGCGGGACAGGUGGGACUCUUCGGGUUCACCGCCUACUCUUCAUCCAAGUUCGCCAUCAGGGGCCUGGCGGAGGCUCUGCAGAUGGAGGUGAAGCCAUAUAAUGUCUAUGUCACCGUCGCCUACCCGCCCGACACAGACACACCUGGGUUUGCAGAAGAAAACAAGACGAAGCCUCUGGAAACCCGUCUCAUUUCAGAGACCACGUCUAUUUGCUCACCGGAGCAAGUGGCCAAACAGAUCGUGAAAGAUGCCAUACAAGGAAAUUUUAACAGCUCCGUUGGCUCCGAUGGGUACAUGCUGUCGUCCCUGACCUGCGGGAUGUCUCCAGUCACGUCCAUUACGGAAGGGCUCCAGCAGGUGGUCACCAUGGGCCUUUUCCGUAUGCUGUCCCUGUUUUACCUCGGAAGCUUCGACAACAUAAUUCGUCGCUGCAUGAUCGAAAGAGCAAAAUACGAAACUGCGGACAAAACUGCCUAACCCUUGGAGAAGGAGCAUUUCUAAGUGAUGUGAGCAGCUGGCUGCUGGACAGGACCCAGCUUUCAGCCCGCGGACACUUGUGUAUUGCUUUUGAGUAUGUCAGACGGGACCAGUGGACUUGGGAAACCUGGGUGCAAGCGAGGGGAGAGGUUCAGCUCCAGACGAUGUUGUUACCACUCUGCAGACGUGGACUAGGAGAGCAUCUGCUUCCCGGGGAGAGGUGACGACCAUGUGGGAAGUGACAGGUACGAGUAGGCUCAAGGUCAGGAUUCUAGAGUGGUCAUCUACAUUUUUUCUAGCUGUCCUUUCUCCCCCAUAGAGAUCAAGUCCAGAAACGUACUUCAUGACACAUAAUGUGUUGUGAGGACUUAACCUUCCAUGAAAGCCAGUUUGUGGGUUUCUGGGGCCUUUUUUUUUUCCCUUCUUUAACUUAAUGUGUUUUAUUCAAGAUGAGUUUUACAUGUUGGUGGUGAGUGUGGACACAUAACAAUGGCCCACUGUGCUGCUUGCUGGUGGACCCUCGUGGGUUCUCUCGCGCGUUGAUCCCAUAAAACUCCGAGGAGGAUGGGACAGGGUGGUUCAGGGGAGGGAAGGAGAUAAGCAUUUUCCAGCAGGAAAAAGAAUGCUUUUUUGUCUUCUUGAGAUCUGAAUGCCUCUCCAUUCUUCUCAUGGGGAAGGGCACCCUCCUCAAGUGUUUUUUGAAGAGAAGUAAAAUCUCAGAAGCUUGAACGUUGACAAUGUUGUCACAAGCCACAGUGAGCUAAAUGUCAUUCCAUUAUCGUUCAGUCUCCUCAUUUCUUGCUUUCCAAUUUUGCUUACACUACUCUAAUAUUUUUGUAACAAAAAAAAAGAAAAAAAGCCCGUUAAAAUUUUUUGACUCGACUUUCUCAGUUCAUGAAUUAAUGAAAACAAAGAAAGAAGCUGAAGAAGUGUAACGUUCUUCUCGUAGUAUAUAGGUAGCUUUUAGGAAGGGCUGGUGAUGGCGUGUUUAAAUUGUGCUCAUUAAGAAAAAAAAGCUGGACGACAAAGCCAAUUUUGAAGAUACUUGUUUUUGAACUAAAGCACCCACCCCAUUCCUUCGGGGGCUCACACCCACCCCGAGAACGUUCCCUCUGCAGCGUGUCCAGGAAGCCUGUCCUCGCUGUCCCGUUAGCUCUGCGGCCCUCCGUCCGUGCACGUGCGUGGUUUCCACAGCAGGUGCCUGAUGCGUCUUGGCCAACACGCCCUGCCUCGUCCUGUCACUGCUCCCCUCUAACAGGGACGGUCACCCCAGCGCAUCGCGCCCUCUCACAGUCAGUAUGCGUGUCCAGGGCACCUCUCCCGGUCACUUGGGUGAGAACAGACCACUGCUUUUAAAGAGGAAAGGUGUUUUUUUAAAAUUGUUAAAAAAAAAAAUCUAUAAAACAUUAAAGACCUAACAACGUUAGCAAAGCCUUUUUUGCUCUUGAGGUUUUUAACCUCUUGACUUAAUUUUUUAAAAGUGAGAUGUUUGCCCGGCCGGAGAGGCUCCGUUGGUUGAGUGUCAUCCCGUGCACGGAGAGGUUGCCAGUUUGAUUCCAGAGCAGGGCACAGGCAGGGUUGCAGCUUUGAUGGGGAACCAUGGAAGGCAGCCCGAUGGAUGUUUCUCUCUCACAUCACCGUCCCCCCUAUUCCUCUCUCUAAGGAUGUCCUCAGGUGAGGAUUUUUUUUAAAAAAGUAAGAUGUUUAAUGGCUCUAAUCCAUGGGGUCUUAUUAAUCAAGAUGUGAGGGUGGCAUAUUUAACCACCAUCAGAGACAGAAGAAAUGACUAUUUAAUGUAUAAAUUGCUUGGGAUGAUUUCAGUGCCGUUGGUGGGGCGGGUUGGUGCCCCCCUGGCGUGGUGAGUCGUUCAGCCUCAGGCAGCCAUCGCCCGCAAACGAGUCGUGUCGCGCAGACUCUGAAAUGCAGUAAGAGCGUGUUUUCCUCAUUCGAAGAAAACGGUUACAUUCACAUCUGGAUUUUUCUCACUUUUAUUCUUUUCUCAUAAAUGUUCUUCACAUGUUGGCACCUUCUGCUGGUCUAUAUGGAAAUCUAGCCCAAGAUGGUAUCUCAUUUAAUAAAAGUAAUUAACAGUUAUUUCAGUGUUCAUUUCUGAAGGUGUCGUCAUAGUACUGUGACUGCAGGUGACUGCCUGGACACAUGUGAGACCCCUGUUCUGUGGUGGCAGGUGAUGUCCCCGGCCCAGCUGAAGCUCAGGCAUGAGAGCAGAUGUAUGAUGUGUGGAGAUCUCAGUGUCAGGGAGUGUCCCAGAGAUGUCACACACAGGUCCCCAGUCCCUUAUCCAAAACGCUU